GGAUAUAACACCCGCCGGAAUAGUCACUCCGUGGGUGGUUAAUACGGGGGGGAGCUUAUGAUAUGGUGCAUUUUUGAGAGUACCCGCUUUUCAGGCGACGAAUUAUACAUAACGCCCCCCUAUUUUUAUUACUUGGAGUACACUAAAACAAUUUAUCUUGUCCCAGUCUUCAUACGCUGAAUUUAGGUCAUGGACGGAUGAUUCUUAUCUUAGCGUCACGGGAGACCGCCAUUGCUGCCUUCGGUUGGGCCCUGCGUGGCUUUCCACCAUUCACUUUGCCAGCUCGAGUCCGCUCCACCCACAGGCCACUUGCUCUCACCUAACACCACGUCUCCCUUUCCCUAUGCACACUUCUCCUCACUCUCACUAGUCUGAAACUUGCUCAGCAUCCAGCGGUGUGUUGUCUGAGAUAGCAGCGGCGCGACUAGCGGUGUUCGUCGGAGAUCCUAUGUUCGCAUCGGUACCGUAAGGCUUGACAACGCGACAACUCCCGUUGCACAAGCUGCCGAGCUGUUCAAUCUCUCAUGACCUUCGUCGCGUGGCAGGCACAUUUGCCAGAUAUAAUUCGAGUUACGGGUAUCUAGACCAGGCGAGAUCAUAACCAUCGAACGUAGAUCAUCUUAUCUCAGAAGCUAACCUUUAGCGUCAAAAGCAUAGCCAUUUGUAAAUAUCCCCCUCACCUAUCUUGCACUCCAACAAUCCCUCCCUCUUUUUACUAGCGACCAACCUUCCGCAGUCCCUUCUUAGCUUCGCCUCCUGCGCCCGUUUUCCUCGUUCUGCCGUUCUCGUCUCCGGGGUUCCCUGUAGUCGCCCGCCGCCAUGGCUUCGACAUUGGGCACUUCCACCGCGCUGGCGUCGGAAACCGUCGCUAGCAGUUCCCUGCACCGCCAGGCAACACCGACGAGUGCUCCCCCUCUCACCUCCUCCUUUCUCCCCGCGUUCAACGGCUGCACGACCACAUCCUUCACGGCUGCUUCUCCCUUGCGGUCGUCACAACACCGGUCAGCAGCCAUCCGUUGCUCGCUCACCAAUGGCGCCGCGCGCCGCGCGGGAUCCAUGGACGAGUCCAGCCCCUUCGCACCCUUCUUCCAGCACGUCUUCCAGUCCGACAUCUCCAGCCGUCCGAUCAUGGUCCCAGAUGCGUUUGAGACCGUUCCGAACGUCCAAGACGAGCUUUGGUACACCAUCCGCGAGGAGGCUCGGCAAGAUUCCGAAGCUGAGCCUGCUCUGGCUUCGUAUCUCUACUCCACGGUCCUCGCUCACCGUUCCCUGGAGCGGUCCAUGGCGUUUCACCUGGCGAAUAAGCUCCAAUCGCCGACGCUUUUAAGUACGCAGCUCUGCUCGCUCUUCACCGACGUCAUGCUCCGAUCGCCGGAGGUUCAGGAGGCGCUGCGCGCCGAUCUGCGGGCGAUUUACACCCGUGACCCUGCGUGCAGGAGCUACUCCCACGCGAUGCUCAACUUCAAGGGGUAUCAGGCGCUCCAGGCUUAUCGGAUCGGGCAUCGGCUGUGGCUGGAGGGCCGUCAGGGGCUGGCGAUGGCGCUUCAAAGCCGCGUGUCGGAGGUGUUUCAUGUGGACAUUCAUCCAGCCGCGAAGAUUGGGAACGGGGUGCUGUUUGAUCAUGCAACCGGGCUGGUGGUUGGCGAAACGGCGACGAUUGGUAACAAUGUUUCGAUUCUGCAUCAUGUGACGCUGGGAGGCACGGGGAAGAGCAGCGGCGACAGGCAUCCCAAGGUCGGCGACGGCGUGCUGAUUGGCGCUGGCGCGACCCUGCUUGGGCCGAUUAAGAUUGGGGAGGGAGCGAAAGUAGGAGCAGGAUCUGUGGUGUUGCUGGAUGUGCCGCCGCGUGCCACGGUGGUGGGAAUUCCAGGGAGGCUGGUUGGAGGGAAGGAGAAGCCCGCCAUGUUGACGGUUAAUCCUAGUGAGACCAUGGACCACACCUCGUUCAUUCUGGAUUAUACUAUCUGAGACCUAGAGUGUCCCUGGCUGGGGACUUGAUAUGUUACUCUCCUUGGAGCUUGCUGCUGCUGGCUGUGAGGUCAGGAGGAAGUGGGUGUUUAUUUGUGAAAAAUAGGUUUGGGGGGGAAGGGUUGAGUCGGCACGAUGCCAACAUUAGCUUGUUGUGAUGGCCGGAUAUUGGUCAUCCAGCCUUGUGUGGCUUGGAUUCGUUGGUGCUGUUAUGCCAAUGCCACCCUUGCAAGCAGCAGAAAGGUUGAAGUUUCUGAUAUAUAGUUUUGAAGAAGAUUCAAAUGCAUCGUCUAU